AUGUCAAAAUCUGGUGUUUUUUCAUUUAAAAAAUCAACCAUUGAAGGUCGUCAUGUUUUUAAGAAUCAAAAAGAUGGAGUUAUAAUUGUUAUGGAAAAAUUUUUAACGAGUAAUAUUCGGGUUGUUUUUAUUAAAGAUGAAAAUAUUAUUCAACCUCCAUCUGAAUAUUAUUAUAUAUACAAUUUUGGAGAUAAAAAAGAAGUUCAUAGGAAAUUUAUAUUUUUUAAUGAAAUUCCUUGUUUUUUGAUUGGUGCAGCAGAUUUACAUAAUUAUACAAUUUAUUAUAACGAUAAAAGAUUACUUGCAUUUCAUAGUAUGAUGCAAUUUUCAGUUUCUAAACCUAAAUAUCUUAUUGGAAAAAAAAGAGAUAAACAUCCUGAAAUUUUUAAAAAAAUUAAAAAUUUAUUACCUAUAGAUGAUGAGAAAGAAAUAUUGAAUGAUGAAAAUUAUGAAGAUAAAGAAAUUGAUGAUGAAGAAUUGAUUAAAGGAGAAGAAUAA